GAAGACUGUCAAUUUUGCAUCAUUCGUUCUUUUAUUUGUCGCCGCCAUUUGGGACGUGUUCUGUACUGCAUUGCAGCGCAAGAAUUAAAUAUUUUGCACAAUGGGUCACGCUAACAUUUGGUAUUCUCAUCCCCGCCGUUACGGCCAGGGCUCCCGCUCAUGCCGCGCCUGCUCCAACAGACAUGGUCUGAUCCGCAAGUACGGACUGAACAUUUGCAGACAGUGCUUCAGGGAAUACGCUCAUGACAUUGGUUUCAAGAAGCUUGAUUAAAAUGUUUAGUCAAUAAACUUUAAAUUAAGUCUAAAA